ACUUGAUGUGUAAUACAUUUGUGGGCCAAUAAGUGUCGCCUUACAUGCCAUUCAUUGUUGAGUUUAUGAGACAAACUAAUGAUUUGUAUUUCACUCGCAAAACAAGUGAUUUUACAUUACGUUAAAAUUUUUAGUAAUAAAUAGUUUUUUGUUAUAUUUAUUAGUUAUCAUUAAAUAUAACCACAAAUAUAUAGUGUGGUAUCGAUUUGAUUGAGGCUAAUCACAAAGUGGUGGACAAGUGAUGGUCGCGACCGCAACCAAAGAUCAACCUUUGAUCGGGAACUGGAGGGCCAGUCAUGCCUAUCAGCGGCAACAGUCGGGUAUUAACGCGAUUUUCAUGGGCCCUCCCGGCGCUGGUAAGGGAACUCAGUCUCAGAACGUGAAGCGAGACUUCGGUGUGUGUCAGUUGGCCACCGGAGACCUCCUGAGGGCGGAGGUGAAGGCCGGCACCCCUUUGGGCAAAGAAGUGGAUUCAGUGCUCAAGUCCGGCAAACUCGUGGACGACUCGCUCGUCAUCCGUCUCAUUGAGACCAAUCUGGACCGCAAAGAGUGCGCCAAUGGAUUCCUGUUGGACGGCUUCCCAAGGACUAUAGGACAGGCGCAAAAGUUGGAUCUAUUGCUGGAGAAAAGGAAAACACAAAUCGAUUCCGUCAUUGAGUUCAGUAUCGACGACGAGCUGCUGGUGAAGCGCAUCUGCGGUCGACUCCUUCACGAGCCGAGUGGUCGCACAUAUCAUGAAGAGUUCUAUCCGCCGAAGAAGCCCAUGACUGACGAUAUCACUGGAGAACCGCUUAAGAGGCGAUCCGAUGAUAAUCCGGAUGCACUUCGGACCCGAUUAGAGGCUUUCCAUAAGCAGACGGCGCCGUUGAUUGAUUACUACCAGAAAAAAGGCAUUCAUAAGUCGGUGGACGCGUCCCUAAAGGCGCCGGUAGUCUACGACUCCAUACUGAGCGCCUUCCGGAAGGCCAAGUCCAAAGACCUCGUCCUCUUUGUGUAGCGCCGGCUGUUCGGGUACUUAGCAUUUGGACGGUUCCGACACUUUUUACUCCCAAUAAUGCCAUUUAACGGGCGUUUAGUUCGGGUUUUUUACUCCAAAAAACACUUUGUUAUGAAUUCAAUCACUUAUUGAUUGUCUUUUAAUUAGUAUAUAAUCUCUGAUUUACUCAAUAAUUGCCGCAAAAGUUAUAAUAAAUCAAAAUUAAUAUACAUUUUAUUAUUGGAUCGC